AUGUCAGCCACCACGCCAUAUCGGCCUUCAUUCGUUCGAUGGAAUUCCGGGUUGCGCCCCACACACAGUCAUUCUUCUGUUGCUUUUUGCUCUCUUCUGGGUCUCGUUAUCCCCUGCUUGCUUCCGAAAGCGAAUGCUGCUUCCGCGGUGGAGAGAGAGAAAAGGCCCUGUCGGCUGCCCUGGCAUACCUGGAUUUUGAACAAUAACCCGCGGCGUAAUAAGGAUUCAGGGGGCGGUUCGCCAAAUCAUACAUCAUCAAAAACCAUGUAG